UCGGCCGAGGGUGACCAGAUGUGCUGGUGACAGGUCGCUCCUCAGAGGUGCAGGCGGGAGCCCAGAGCCCGCUCUGGGGCUGCUGCGCUCGGCGCUGCUGCUGUCGGACCGGACGCGGCGUCCGCGAACUGAGCUCGCUCCCUGCCGCCGCCCAGGAAGUGCAGGGCCUCUCGGGGAUUCGGUAUCUCCCUGUCUCUCGUCUCCCUCGGUCUCGGUCCGUCUGGAGCGCUCUCCGGCCCUGUCGCCGGUGAGUGCUGGCUCUCCCGCUCUCCCUGCUCGUUCCGCGUCCGUCAGGGGCGCGCGCCGCUCACCAGCUCGCUCGGCCCAGAAGCGGGAAGUCUACCUGCCGUGAGCCGGCUUCCCGAGCGCGCGGGGCUCCGCCUGCCGCCCUCGGGCGAGCUCCAUCCGCUCGUGCCCGGGGGCGCACGGCCACCCCGCUGUCGCCUCUGGCCAGCAGCGCACCGUCUAGGCGGGCCACCUGCCACCUAAGGCACCGACCGCCUCCCGCCGCGUGCGGAGCCACCGAGCCCUGUGUCUAGGUCGUUUGGGAAGCGCCUUGGAGAGUCAAGAAUAAAAUUGCAGGUCAAACAAUGGAUGACUGGAAAAGUCGGCUUGUAAUCAAGAGCAUGCUUCCCCAUUUCGCCAUGGUGGGAAAUCGUCAGGAGCCCAGAAAGCUCCAGGAAUCGCCACAGGGAACCAUUAAGAGGAGGCAGGAAGGAGAAACUUUCCAGCUUUCAGGCAUGGCCGAAGGAGGUUACCCUAAUAAAAUUAAGAGACCAUGCCUUGAAGAUGUCACCCUUUCGAUGGGCCCUGGCGCCCAUCCCAGCACAGCCUGUGCAGAGCUGCAGGUUCCUGCGUUACCCAUGAACCCUGGCUCUGCAGCGAUGGGAGCGGCUGGUCAUUCAUUACUUCUCGAAAAUAACCCCAUGAACGGCAGCGUAAUGGGCUCACCGUUUGUGGUGCCACCAACUGCGGAAAUGGGACUGAAAGGCCCCCCUCUUUCUUACUAUGACAAGACCAACACUGUACCUGCUGUGGACCAGGAGCUUCAAGAUCUGCUGGAGGAGCUAACAAAAAUUCAAGAACCUUCUCCGAGUGAGCUCGACCUUGAAAAAAUCCUGGGGAGCAAGCCGGAAGAACCGCUGGUCUUAGAUCACCCCCCGGCAACCCUAGGCGUGACUCCCAAGCCUGCGGUUCAGAUGCCACACUUGGAGAGCCUUGGUUCCAGCAAGGACUUCGCUUCAAGUUGCAGCCAGGGCCCUGGGGUGUCGCUUCAAAUCCCGCCCUCCUCUGCGGGGAUCAGCUACGUCAUUCCCUCCACCAGUAAGCAGAUGGUCUCCCCCAGUUCUUCAACAGCACAGGCCAAGAGCCAGGUCCAGGCGCCGCUCCCUGCGGCUGCCUUGCCACCGCUCCCAGUGCCUCAGUGGCAUCACGCCCACCAGCUGAAGGUGCUGGCGGCCAGCAAGCAGGGCUGUAGUACGAAGCAGCAGGGCCCCGCUCCCAGUUGGUCUGGCCUGCCUCUUCCCGGCCUCUCCCCGCCUUACCGCCCGCUGCCCUCGCCACAGCCGCUGCAGCCGUUCAGCCCUCAGGGCCUCAUGGUGUCCUGCAUGUCAUCGAGCAGCCUGCCGGCGAGUGCUCUGCAGGGCUCUCCCAAUGCCUUAUUGUCCAGCGUGGCGCCCAGCAGCAGCGCUGCCCUGGGGCCGGCCAUGACCUAUGCCCCCGAGAAGCUCCCCAGCCCCGCGCUCCAGCAGCAGCCGCAGUUCAGCCCGCAGACCUCCAUCCUUGCCAACCUGGUGUCCUCCACCAUCAAACAGCCUCAAGGGCACCUGAUAUCCACUCUGCCCACCAGCAACCCGGGGCCCUCCACUCCCUACCGCCCAGAGAAGCUGUCCAGCCCCGGGCUGCCGCAGCAGCCCUUCACCCCACAGUGCCCCCUGAUCCGGAGCCUCACUCCCACCAGCAAUCCGCUCGGCCCGCAGCAGCCCCAGCUGCCGCCGCCUCCGCCUCCGCCAGCCAGUGCCGUCCUCAAGCCCAUGGCCACCAGCUCACCCAGAACCCUGAGCCUGAUCAUGCAGCAGGGGCUGGCCGCCCCCGGCCCGGGGGCCCCGGAGCCUUUUCCUUUCGGCCACACCAAGCCCUUGUCACAUUUCAUCUCUGAGCCGGGCCCCCCGAAGAUGCCCUCGGUGCCCGCCGCGUCUCGGCAGCCUGCCCUGCUCCACUACCUGCAGCAGCCGACGCUGACGCCGGCCUCUUGUGCCACGGCCUCGUCCACGGCCACAGCCAGCCCGCAGCUGCAGCAGCAGCCGGACGCUGCUUCGUUCCUUCUGCAGCGCGCUCCGCGGCCGCUGGCCUCGGAUUCCAUGCCUUCUCUGCCCAGACAGGCCUGUUGCCAGCUGUUUUCGUGGACUUCUGCAGCUGGCUUGGGGGAGUGCCAGCUUCAGCACUGGAGCCCUUAUCCUAGCAGGAAAGAUCCUCAGCCCGGAGCCGUGUCACCAUCUAACAUUGAUUACAGCGGUCCGCGAAGCGCCUGCUCCCAUUCUGCUCCACUUGAAUGGGUGGCUGCAGCCCCGUUCCCAACUGCUGCCGAAACAGAACUGCCCACACCGUCGGGGCACCUUCUGCUGCUGCAAGAGAAGCAGAAAUCAGGUCUUAUGGCAAUGAUCCCUGAACAGCGGAGUGCAUAUCUCGCCCAACAGAUGAGUCAAUUUCAAGCCGUCCAAGAUCAAGUCACCUCCAAGUGUAGCCGGACCAAGGCAAGCUCCCCACCCAGCCAACCCAUGAUGCCACCCGGAGCUGCGCUCCUCCAGAGCGCUCUGAGCCCAGGAAUGGUCCCGCCCGCCAGGCACCAGAGCCGGGAGGGCGUGGGCCUGAUGUCACAAACUCCAGGCAAGCAGCACGGGACUUUCAGCUCCAGCCCCCCGUUUCCCACACCCUUGCGCUUGAGCCACAACCCCGCGGGCAGCCUCGGGUCCACCUGCCGGCGCACGCGGAUUCCCAAGGCCGCCCCCACGGGAGUGCCCCUGCCCGGCUUCUGUCCCAGCCCCCUGGGCAGCCAGCCCCUGAGUCCCCACCAGCUCAGACAGCCCUGCGUGCCAAGAGUGCCCACCGUGCUCCACAACGCUGCCUGGGUGGCGGCAGCAGCUGUGAGCACCGCGGUGUUGGGGGGGCCACCCCCGAGGCCAGCAGCCCAUGGCAUCCAGCAGCAUUUCCAUAGCAACUCCCUCUUUGCCAAGGCCCCCGUGAGAGUCCCCCAGGGAGCCCCAGCGUUUCCAUCACAACAGGCAGUUGUGUCCCCCAGUCAGGUGGCCCCGGGAGGCAGACCCAGCCAGAAGGUGGGCGCUGCCCCCGCCAACCCCAGCUUCAGCCUGCUGGGCCACCAGAGCCUCAGACAGAGCCCGCUGCGGGGUCCCGUGCCUGUGCUGCACGCCACCAAGUCCCUCCAGCAAGGCAUGGCCAGCUUCAGGCCCGUGAGUCCCAUCCAGGGCAUCGAGCCACCAAGCUAUGUGGCUGCCACCGCCGCCGCCGCCGCCGCCUCCACCGUCGCUGCCAGCCCGUCCCCUGGUCCCUUCAACAGCGUGGGGAGCCCCCCUGAGUUGCCACCCUAUGCCUUGUUGCCCCAGGCCUCACUGAACGAUCUCAUUUCACCCCCUGACUGCACUGAGGUGGAUUUCAUCGAAGCUCUCUUGAAAGGCCCCGGCGUGAGCCCAGAUGAAGACUGGGUGUGCAACCUGAGGCUGAUCGAUGACAUUCUAGAACAGCACGCUGCUGCCCAGACUGCCGCAGCCCAGAGUGCCGGCCACGUCCCUGAGCAGGCUGGCCACAUCCCCCAGAAUGCUGGCGAGCUUUAAAUGCCCAGAGAAACCUCCACGUGGCCAUCACUCCGGGGAGCGAUGUGAGUCCACAGCAAAUUCGCAGCUGGUCCCACGUAGCCACACGCUUGUUGCCUCAUUACGAUUUGAGGGGCGUCAGCCCACACCCACCCCUCUCGCUACCUGUGACGAAAUGGAAAGCUGGUGAUUUUUCAAGCUACCUGUACAUAUCUGAACAUUUUGUAAAUGGUUUUCCUAAACAUUCACGACAGAAGUAUUUAUACUUCGUUUUGUGACUUUGUAAAUAAAGUGACGGCUUUCCUUUCAGUA